AUGAGACAGUUGAUUUCCAUCCUUCAUUAAUUUAGUGAUAUCAAUUACUUCUUCGAAUAAAGUGUAUUUAUAUAAAAUUUAAUCCCUAAAAAAUUCUAGGAAACAUUUAAAGAGCUUGGACUGAUUUUAGAAUAGCCAAGAUCAGCUAUGGUCAUGGUAGCUGUCUUAGUAGAAUAAGCUUAAGUAAAUGCUUCUUUUAACAAAGUAAUAUCAUUAUAAUCAGCAUAAGUCAGCUCAUUAAAUAAAAGGCUCUAAUUUUUAUAUGAACAUUUUCUUCCAUUUUUAAAAAAUUAAUAGCAACACAAUAUGUUUAUGAUUUAAAAAAUUUAAUUUUACAAAAGGAAAGAUCAUUUAAUUUUAAAUAAAAAUUUAGAUUGUAUUUAUAUAAUAUAUAAGGGAGAACUUGAAGGAUAUAAAGUAAAAGAAAUUAAGGCAUCAUUAUUUUUCGAAAGAGAGCUGGUAAUAUUUUUGGCACAAAUGAAUAUAAAAUAUAAGGAAAAUACGAUAUACAGUAAUAGUUGUUUCAGAAUAAGUAAUAUGAGAGUUUACAAUAAAUAUUUUAGUAAUAUACAUUAAAAAAACUAAAAUUUUAAAAGAUUAAAUAAAAAGAACAACGAGUGUUAAAUUAAAAACUGAA